AUGGUUAUAUGUAUUGAAUUAAUCGUUGGUUAUUCUGUUGAACAGGCAAAAAAAGAUGUAUCACAAAUAUUUAAUAAUCUUUUAAGACGGCAAAUCGGAUCACUUACACCGACUGUCGAUUAUCUACGGAAUAGAGAAGAAAUUCUGUUCACGUUACUUAAAGGCUAUGAAAAUCAAGAAAUAGCUCUCAAUUGCGGGAUGAUACUGCGAGAAUGUCUACGACACGAAUCACUGACCAAAAUCAUUUUGUAUUCUCCGCAGUUUUAUGAUUUCUUUGAAUACGUCGAAGCUAGCACUUUUGAUAUUGCAAGUGAUGCUUUUGCGACUUUUAAGGAAAUAUUAACACGACAUAAAACGCUGGUCGCUGAAUUUCUAGAUAAGAAUUAUGAUGAGUUUUUUGUACAGUAUACCAAACUUUUAAAUUCCGGAAAUUACGUCACAAAGAGGCAAUCUUUAAAAUUACUUGGUGAAAUUCUUCUUGAUCGCUGUAAUUUUAAUAUUAUGACGCGUUACAUUGCGAAUCCUGAUAACUUGAAAUUAAUGAUGAAUCUACUCAAGGACAGAAGUCGUAAUAUACAAUAUGAAGCUUUUCACGUGUUUAAGAUUUUUGUCGCAAACCCGAAUAAAAAUAAACCAAUUCUGGAUAUUUUGCAAAAGAAUCGCGAUAGAUUGAUUGCCUUUUUGAGUAAUUUUCAUAAUGACCGACAUG